UCUUGUUUUAAAGAAACAUGUCUGCAAGCGUUUCCGAUCCGUAUGAACAAAUGCCAGCUGCUCCAACAGAUGAUGAUCUCGAGGACAAACCGGAAGCCGACAAAAAAGCAUUACUCAAUCAAGUUUUUAAAUCGUUGAAAAGGGCACAGGAUUUAUUUUAUCACGAUUAUGCACAGCCACCUCCAAUGCCAGAAGAGAAUGACAGUCUAAUUCGGUCAAUGAAAAGAAAGCACGAGUACGGUAAUGUUAUUAAAAAAGUAGAAGAAAUGAAAGUGAGACGAGAAAAUGAAAUGCUCGCUCUCCCAACAUCGCAACCGAUGCACGGUACAGGAUCAGUGAUCGCAUCAGCUGGAACCCCAUUGGCUAUCACAGAUGGAUCAGGAAAACUUGUUAAUCAGCAACAAGGAUCAGCAAAAAGUGGAACACUGCUUCCUUUGGUUCCACUUGGUAACAGUUCAAAAGGAGAAGACAAUACAACUCGAUCGCUUCUUCCUUCAAAGGCGCCUAUGAUGAUGAAACCAAAAUGGCACGCUCCAUGGAAAUUGUAUCGUGUAGCUUCGGGACAUACAGGAUGGGUCAGAGCAGUUGAUGUUGAACCGGGAAAUCAAUGGUUUGCUUCUGGCGGAGCGGACCGUAUUAUCAAGAUUUGGGACUUAGCGUCUGGACAGUUGAAGUUAUCAUUGACUGGUCACAUCAGUUCUGUAAGAGCUGUAAAAGUUUCACCAAGGCAUCCUUUCUUGUUCAGUGGAGGAGAAGAUAAACAGGUUAAAUGCUGGGAUUUGGAAUACAACAAAGUGAUCCGUCAUUAUCAUGGGCAUUUAAGUGCCGUCCAAGCUCUUUCAGUACAUCCAUCUCUUGAUGUUCUAGUCACCUGCGCUCGUGAUUCUACAGCUAGAGUUUGGGAUAUGAGAACAAAAGCUCAAGUCCAUUGUUUUGCUGGUCACACAAACACCGUCGCAGAUGUUGUGUGUCAAUCAGUUGAUCCACAAGUAAUAACUGCUUCUCAUGAUGCGACAGUUCGUCUAUGGGAUUUGGCCGCUGGACGUUCUAUGUGCACAUUAACUCAUCACAAGAAAUCAGUGAGAGCUCUGACAAUUCAUCCACGUCUCAACAUGUUUGCUUCUGCUUCCCCAGAUAACAUCAAACAGUGGAAACUUCCCAAAGGAGAAUUUAUGCAGAAUCUUUCUGGACAUAAUGCUAUUAUCAAUACACUGUCUUCCAAUGAUGAUGGUGUUGUUGUAUCAGGCGCUGACAACGGAUCGUUGUGCUUCUGGGAUUGGAGAUCUGGUUUCUGCUUCCAGAAAAUUCAAACAAAGCCUCAACCAGGAUCAAUAGAAUCUGAAGCUGGGAUCUACGCUUCGUGCUUCGACAAGACAGGUCUCAGGCUUAUUACCGCUGAAGCUGACAAGACAAUCAAAAUGUACAAGGAAGAUGAUGAAGCAACAGAGGAAAGCCAUCCAAUUGUUUGGCGACCAGAAAUUGUCAAAAAGAAGGCGUACUAAAAUAUUUUUUACCUGUGUUUCUAUUUAUCUGUUAACUUACACCUGAAAAAUAAAAA